CUCUGCGGCCGCCAGAAUCCUGACAACAAAGCAGAUCGCGCGGGAGGUGCGCGCGCGCGCUGCAGCGGCGGCGGCAGCGGCAGCGGCCCUUGAAGCGACCGCCGAGUCCCUGGUGCCUCCGCCUUUCCACCGCGGCUCCCCCGGCUCCCGCUAGCCAGGCAUCCUUUCUGCAUGGGUUUCCACCCGCCCGUUUUUCCGAUGUCGGACGUUAACAUGGCUGAGGCUGGGCAGUGACUUGAGUACCACGGCAGUCUUGACCGGAGAAGAGACACCAUCACCCCACCCCCGCUUCGCCGGUGCGGCGCCCGUGAAAGGAAAGGAAGGCGAGGGGCGGCGGCGAUCCACCAUGACCACCUUCGCCUUGGAGGAGACCCUGGAGGCGGACUGGGUGGCCGUCAGGCCUCACGCCUUCCACGAGCGGGAGAAGCAGAAGUUUGUCUUCAUCGUGGCCUGGAAUGAGAUCGAGAGCAAGUUCGCCAUCACCUGCCACAACCGGACUGCGCAGAGGCAGCGCAGCGGCUCCCGGGAGCUCCGUCGCUCUGGCGUGGUGGGCCCCGGAGCGGCCGAGCAGCGAAGCGCCUCCUGUAAAGCGGCUGGGAGUCCCACCGUGCGAAAAACCCCGGCCUGGAGCGUCGCCGAGCCCGGCCAAGUCAGAAGCUCUCCGGCGUCGCCUGCCCGGGCCGAGUCGCUUCCGCGUAGCCCGGGCGGCCGAGGGGCUGAGGCAUCGCAAAGGAGCCCGGCGAGGACGAGGAGCAGCCUGGCCCAGAGGCCGCAGCCCGCUCCGAUGGCUCCGCUCAGCCCAGCGGCCUGCGCGACCGAAGAGUUGGAGGAAUUGGAGUUGGGCAAGGACGAGCCUUCGGGAGCCGCCGCCGCCGCCGCCGCCUUUCUCCUCCCUUCUCCUCCCGCCGGGCCUCAAGCCACCGAGUCGUCCACCGCGGCUUCCGCCGAAGUGGAGGCACUGUCUGGAGAAGAAUGCAGCUGGGCCGGCCUCUUCUCUUUCCAGGAUCUGCGGGCCGUCCAUCAGCAGCUGAGCUCGGUGAACUCCGAGCUGGAGCCCUGCUUGCCGGUCCUUCCCGAGGAGCCGUCGGGGAUGUGGACGGUGCUCUUCGGGACUCCAGAGCUGUCCGAGGAGGAGAUGGAUGCGCUGUGCUAUCAGCUGCAGGUAUAUCUGGGCCACUGCCUCGAUACUUGCGGCUGGAAGAUCCUCUCUCAGGUGCUGUUCACGGAAACCGACGACCCGGAGGAAUAUUACGAGAGCCUGAGCGAGCUGCGGCAGAAGGGCUACGAGGAGGUAUUGCAAAGGGCCCGUAAGCGCAUUCAGGAGCUUCUGGAAAAACAUAAGAAUACAGAAAGCAUGGUGGAGUUGCUAGAAUUAUAUCAAAUGGAGGAUGAUGCAUAUGGUAGUCUUGCUGAAGCCACCACAGAACUCUAUCAAUAUUUACUGCAACCAUUCCGAGAUAUGAGGGAACUUGCAAUGCUCAGAAGACAGCAAAUAAAGAUUUCCAUAGAGAAUGAUUACCUAGGUCCUAGAAGAAUUGAAAGUCUUCAAAAAGAAGAUGCUGACUGGCAACGGAAGGCUCAUAUGGCUGUGUUAUCUAUACAAGACCUUACAGUAAAGUACUUUGAAAUAACAGCAAAAGCACAAAAAGCUGUAUAUGAUCGUAUGCGAGCAGACCAGAAAAAGUUUGGUAAGGCAGCUUGGGCAGCAGCAGUGGAACGAAUGGAAAAACUUCAGUAUGCAGUGUCUAAAGAUACUUUGCAAUUGAUGAGAGCAAAAGAAAUCUGUUUGGAACAGAAGAAACAUGCAUUAAAAGAAGAGAUGCAGAGCUUACAAGGGGGCACAGAAGCCAUAGCUCAUUUGGACCAACUUGAAGCUGAUUAUUAUGACUUGCAACUUCAGUUGUAUGAAGUACAGUUUGAAAUUCUGAAGUGUGAAGAACUGUUGCUGACAGCACAACUUGAAAGCAUUAAAAGACUUAUUUCAGAGAAAAGAGAUGAAGUAGUAUAUUAUGAUACUUAUGAAAGUAUGGAAGCCAUGCUUGAAAAAGAAGAUAUGGCAACAUCCAUACAUUUACAAAGAGAAGAGUUGCAGAAAUUACAACAGAAAGUCCGCCAACUAGAAGCAAGGCGUGGUCGUAUUUCUGCCAAAAAAGCCUACCUCAGAAAUAAAAAGGAAAUCUGCAUUGCAAAACAUAGUGAAAAAUUCUCACAGUAUUCUCAGAGUGAAGGAGAGUCAGAACAUGCUAUAAAAUUUAAAAGAGAGCAGUUACAAGAUGAGGUAGAACGAAAAAGCUCAUGGGUUAGUCAGGAACGACAGAAAACAUUGGACAGACUUCGAACAUUUAAACAGCGCUAUCCUGGGCAGGUAAUUCUCAAAUCAACUAGACUUCAGCUGGCUCAUGCAAGAAGAAAAAGUACAGCCACUUUAACAUCUUGUCUAGAUCAUCCCCCAUCUUUACCAGUAACUACACAGACAGAUAACAUGGAGCAAGAAAAAGUAAUCCAGCCUUUACAAAAACAGGAGUCUGGAAGCUUAGGACAACUUGAAGAUACUUUUUUAUCUCCUAGUGUUGUUACCUCUGAAUUUUCUCAAACUGAUUCUCUUCCAACUAUCAUUAGUAAUGAAUUUCAUUCAAAUACAAUCAGUGAGGCACCAUUUCCUCCUCUACCACCUCCACCACCACCACCUCUGCCCACCAAGGAAGAAUCUACUCAGUGUUCUGAAAAAAGCAUUAGUCCAGUUAAACAAAGCAGUGCAGAGAAGCCAGCGCCACUGAUCACCAUUGCACCAUCAGCUCAUUUUUUUGAUAGCAGCCAGUUAGUCAGUGCCAAGAAAAAACUAAAGAAAACUGGUGAUAUAGAAGGAUUGCAAAGAAGAAGAGUGAGUUCCCCAAUGGAUGAGGUUUUGGCUUCCCUGAAACGUGGCAGCUUCCACCUGAGGAAAGUUGAACAGAGAAAUCUACCCCCAUUUCCUGAUGAAGAUGACAGCAAUAACAUCUUGGCACAGAUCAGAAAAGGCGUGAAGCUGAAGAAGGUUCCAAAGGACAUUAUGAGAGAAUCAUUCACAAUUUUACCUGAUGAUGAUCCUUUAACUCGCAGCAUCCAUGAAGCACUACGCCGAAUUAAGGAGGCAUCACCAGAGUCUGAAGAUGAGGAAGAGAAUCUACCAUGCACAGACUGGGAAAAUUAAGGGUCUGAGGAUUCCACUGAAUAUGAUAUUCUUUCACAUUCUGACCAUUCAUAAUCAACAGUAUGAUCAUCUUCACUCUAGGAGAAAUUUAUUCUGAGAAAAUAUUUGAUAUGUGCAUGAAUACAUUUUUUAAAUUCAUAGAAGAUUCUGGUUGGACCAAAAGCUGCGUUACUUAAAUGCACAUUUUGCAUAACUCUGAGGAGAGAGAACCUUUUAAAAUAUUUUCUGAUUCUUCACUCACUUUUUACAUAUGUGUGAAACAUGUCAGCAGCUGUUUGCAGUCAAGCUUCUUCCCAGCAUAAUUUAUUAGGACAAGUAUGAAGUCUGACCGUUAGUUCAUUGAAGGCAUCAGUGUUGAAGAAAAAAUAUUGCUACAUUGACAUCAAUUUCUUAUUACAGCAACAGGAAUUCAUAUAAAACUUCAUUUUAUGCAGGAGGUAGAUUUGAAAGAAGAAUGUAUUUCUUAACUACUAAUAGUUCAAAAUACAAAUGAGUUUGAAAGUGAAAACAAAUGGUUAUGCAUUAAAUGGAAAAUACCCUAAGUAUGAAAUUCAUGUAUUUAAGAAUUUGUUUACAGUCUAAUACAUUAUAAAAUGAUAUAUAGCAAAACCCUUAGAAGGCCAUGGAUACUGUAUACACCUUAUAUUUUUAACUUAGAUUUUUUUUUGUUUGUGCUCUUACAAAUAGUAACAUUUUAAUUGCAGGGCUGAGUUAUAAUAAAGUUAUACAUUUUAUUUAUAGAAGCAAUAUUUUAUAAUGAGAAUACUUAAAAUUAUUUUUAUCUAUUUGUUUGACUGUUCUUUGAUUACUCUAAGGAACUUUUAUUUAAGGAGAAUGCAAAAUUGAAAUAAGAUUUUACUUCUAAGUUGUGAAAAUUAUGAUUCCCUCCCCCCUCCAUUUUCAUUAUUCCCAUUCAUUGUUAGAAAUAUAUUUGAAUUAUGUAAUACUCUAUUUUAUUGUAAAUAAUUUCCUUUUAACCCCAAGUUAAGGUCUAAAGGAGACCAAACCUUCAGUAUAGUGAAUACUUAAAGGAAUGUAUCCCUAAACAGCAUGUCUAAUAGCUGCAGGCAGCUCAUUUUGUAGUGUCAGAAUACUAAGCAGUAUUUCUGCACCAGGGCUAAUCUUGUCCUGUUAAAACUGUUUGAUCAAAAUUUCAGUGCAGGAGAAUCUUGAGUUUGGCCAGCUCCUUCUUUUAAAGUGUACUAUGCUUGAAAAAGGAUAAGAUCCUUAAUCUUAGGGGAAAAAAACAUGUUAGAAUUAUUUACCAUACUCAUUUAUUGUCCUGUUCCAGGGAUAUUGUAUGAGCUUUGCAUAUUGAAAGGAAUGCAUAUAGUAAUUCUACUUACCUUUUGGAACAAGAGGUUAAUUGUCUUGCCCUUUCUUCUUUUUACAAAUAGUUGGAAAUACCAUAAUACUUUUAAAUACGUUAUGCAACUUAGCCCAACUCAACUGGGUCUUACUUGCAAUCCCCUUGUCCAUUAAUGACAAUAUUGAAUAUUUUAAAGUGAUGCCUGCUAUUCUAUACUUGGCAGGUGUAUUUUUUCAGAUGCUUAUUGCCUUAUGUAAUCUGAAAUGCUGUCCUGUAAAGGAAAGCUUAAAAUAGUAUGAGUUCCAUUAACAUAGGAGCACUAUCCAGUUUGGGAGAAAAAUAAUAUUGGUUAUAUUAACAUCAGAUAUUCAUUUCAUUAAAAAAUUGAACAUAAUAUGUUAUUCAUAGUUAUAAUCCCAGAUAAUGCAGGGUUCUGUGGCAAUAAUUCAUAAUUGCAAAAUGUAACUGUUAAUUUUUAGCAAAAACCAUAAUGUCUGUACUGUGCUAAUGGUUAGUCAUGUCCACAAUAAAUAUACUGUGUUUGAAUUUUUAGCUAUGGCACAAAACAUGAACUUCUAAAAUGAAGGUGACACAUGGAUCAUGCUGAGCUUUGUGUAAUCAUUUGCAGCAGAAGUUUCAAGCAACGCAUUUCCCUGGGCCCUUUACCCGAGAUAGUACUAGACCUUCUGUGCGAAGAUACAGAAGUCUUUCCACUGUUUUACAUCCACAGGUUUUGAAUCUAUGGGAGAAGUAUAUGAAGCUCUCAGUCUUUUACAGUUGAGAUUUUUGCCUUGAAAACUGCACGAAUGUUUUUUAAAAAUAUAAUUAAUUAUUGCAAGAAUAUGAAAAUGGCGUGUGUCUAUAAAAAUGGCUUGUUUGUAGGAACCUAUACACUGGUUGCUGUACAAUGGUUGAUCUCAUGCCCAGAGUUUUCCCUUUGGAGUGCAAAUAUUCAUAAUCUGCUAGGAUGAGAAGGUUGGUUCAGUUGUCACUUCAGAGGACAGUAGCAGUAGUUAUUGAUCAAUACCAUGUGCUGUUGUCAUAGUCAAGUUUUUGACUAGAAGCAAUUCUUCUGUUUAUUGCUUAAAGCCCAUUGUAUAUAAUAGUUGUGGCAGGCUAAGAAGUCAUAGUGCUCAAGUCUGCACGUUUCUCACAAUAAACUUAUAAAGUACGUAGGCAUUUAAGAAAAUAUCUUAGUGAAGGUUGUUUGAAAAAUGAAUUCCAGUAUUUUAAUGCUGCACGCUGCCUUGCAACUGUAUUUCGUAUUGCAAAUGAAUGACAAAUUUAAGUUAGCUUUUUAUCCAUAACUCAGUAUAUCAGUAAAUUAUCUGAGCAUAUUCCAAAAGAAGCUGAAAGGGAUGGUAAAUGCCAAGUGUUAAGUAAUAUGAUUUGGGAAAUAUAGAGGCCCAAGUCAUUUAACUCUUUCCACCAGAAAACAUGUUUAAGGUAAAGGGGAACAGUAGUACUCACAAAGUGGCUUCAUCACCUAUAUAAUGAUUAAAAGAGUUAUGUUUUUAUUAAUUGCUUGGGGGGUAUGGUUAUUUACAUUAAUUUAGCAUAUAUACCUUUGCUUCUAAUUUCGAUCUUUUCCUCACAGAACUUUUCAAAAUGGUGCAGCUUAUAUGUUAAAAAUUAUAAUCACAGAAACAGGUUUAAUGGCAUUAAAUUGCAUUUUGCAGGGAUAUAGGAAGCUUGUGUAUUUCACACUAAGAAGUCUUUCCUCUUGGGCUUCAUUUUAGGCAGCUACUGCUUUCAUAGUAUUGGUUCGUUUUUGUAAUGGUGCCCUGUGAAGAAGAGGAAACUUCCACUAACUGUCAACAUUUUAUUUUAUUUGCACUGCCUUUAAAGAGUGAAUUGUAACUUAAACCAUAUGGAUUUAUGGGUGUAAUUUAUUUUAACUAUGCUUUAUAAUCCAGGUACUGAAGGUAGUCAUAAUGAUCUCAAAAGAUGAAGCAGAAUGUGUCUAAUGUUACAAAGGCAUACAAGUGAAACUUCUUGCAGCAGUUGAAAGCACCUUAUUUUCUAUCAAUAAUGACACCAAUCAAGCAACAGCAGUCUUCAUAUUAAAACAUAUGGGAGGAAAUACUUGCAUUGAAUGUAGGCUUCUCUGUCAGUCUGAUAAUAAUUGAAGCAAGCUAACUGUUUGAUAUAGUCCUGGGCAGUCAGAUUUUCACUGUAAACUAUUCUUCAGUAGACCAAGCUUUGGCAGAAAAAUACACAUUUUUUCAGUUACUACAUUAACAGCUGGAAAAAUAAAGCACUAGUUGCUUUUAUCCUAUAAAUGCAGCUAAUUUUAUGUUUUGAAUGAAACAAGCAUAUGUUAAUUACUGAAGAAAAUCUUACAUAAUUCAUUGAUCGGAGCUAUAUGGACAUCUCACAUGUAACUUUUUAAAAAUUAUUUCCUAAUAUUUUGCACAGCCCUAUGUGUUGUUUAAGACAAUUCAUGUCGGAUUCCUAGAUAGUACUUCAGAAACAGAAGCAAAAAGAAGCCCAUUUUUAUUGGGCCCUUAAAAAACUAUAAUGGCUUACAAACGCCUUGAGCCAGAAAUUUAUUUUUCAGUUUUCACACUCUGAUUACAAAAAAAUAGCCAAAGGCCUAAUUCAGGAAAUUCUUUGCCCUGGUCUUGUACCCAAGGUGAGAAAAUAUUGCACUUUCCAACGCUUAAUUGUAGAGGAAAUAGACUUAGCAGCAAACUGGUUCUGCCUUCUUGAACCAAAGAGGUGAAAUAAAUCUGAGUUUGGCCUGUUUGCUUCAUACUGAGACUCAACAAGGGCUGUCAUCAUUGGGCAACGAUAUUGCUGCAACUGGCAAAAAAGCAUCUCCAAUAUACUUCACCAUAUACAUUUUUGAAGAAGUAAUGUGCCAUGGCCUAGUUUGGUUAUAGUGUGCUACCUUAUAAUUUAGAAUAUAAUUUGCAACAUUGUAGUUAGUAUAAUGUGGCUGCAAGAGAAGAUUUCUUAUUAGCUAUAGUUCAUGUGAUACUCUAUUGGAUAUUGCAUUUGAUCUAGUUUCAGGACCUUGGCCGCAAUUGCUUAAUGUUUGUAACAUCAUGUUCUCCCAUUUUGAAAUAAGAUAUACACUAAAACUAGACUUGGGUUUUUUAGAAGGAAAAACAUCAGAAAAGACUGGUUUUUGUCCUGUCAGCUGAGACCAUCAUCUUCCAGAAAAGAACAUCCUCAAGCCACCAAAUUUACCUUUGAUGUAUAAUAUAGUUUAUUGAAGUAACAUUAAAUUGUCAUUUGUGUAUUUGGCAGUCUCUGAUAAGUCAACUUUAGCUAGUCAUAGCUAGCUAUUCAAUUUAACUAUUAAAAUCAGUUACCAUUAAAAUUGGUUACUAAAUCUCACUGUCACACUUUAUUAUUUUGUCCAAAUUAGUACCUAGGAUGUAGCUUAUGCCUGGACACAGUAUCAAAGUCAUGGGUUGGAAGACAGAGUAAGGUUCCUACAAUGAUCAUUUGAUCACUGCCCCAAGCAGAUCCACUUUUAUACUCACUUUCAUUUCUGUGGAUCAAUAUGCUAACAAAAACAGUGAUUGGAUACUAAGCUUAUUUAAAAUAUCUCACUAUAAUCCCUGUUUAAGAGGCAGACUGACUUUGUUUUGGAUAUAGUCUAUAGGAAUUACAGCAUUGCCUGAACAGGCUCUUGUUUGAGCAAUUUAGUAGCAUCACAAUCAUGCCCUACUGUGGACAAUAAUUUAUUGAGAGGGAACAUGCACUUCCUAAAUUAAAAUUUUCUUCUGAUGCUUUUAUUUUUUGUAGCCCUACUAUGUCCCUGCUGUCAUUUGGAGACUAUAUAACCCAAAGGGGGGAGAGAAUGAAAUCUACUACUGAAUUGCGCUAUACUGAUGCAAACUUUCACAUAAAUUCAGAAUCAUGAAAGCAAUCUCUUUUAUGGAUGUGCCCUUAAAGUGUUUGUUUUCCAUUGUAAAAUAAUGGAAUAAUAGAAUACCACUGUAUGGUAGUGAGAUGUCUAGUUUUGUGUUUAUUUGAUAUACAUCUAUUUGUAUAUUUCUCAUAUCAACUACAAAUUUUAAUACCUAUGAUUCUAUUCUGUUACAUUUAUAUGUUGCCUCUCGUAUCAUUUUAGUAGCAAAAGAUUUUCCCCCUAUUUUAAUUUUUUGUCUCUCCCUCUUUUCCUUCCUUUUUUUGGCAAAGAUAUAUAUCUUAUAUAUAAGUUAUCAUUUUCCAUGCUGAGUCAAGCAUGCACAAAUGCUCCCCCCACCCCGUCUAUUUUAGGUUACAGGUGUGUCAUGCUUUCCAUACAGGUGAAAAGAUAGUAAAUUAGGGAGGCAGCUAAGAUAAAGUCCUUGUCCCUAAGGUACUAGGUUUGGGUGUUUUUUAAAAAAAACAUGGAAUAUUGUAAAACCUUUGCAGAAGGAGCAAUCAAAUAUGUUUGCAUAUAGUCACACUUUAGGAAUUAUCAUCACAUGUUUUUGGAAGUAAACCAAAACAGGACAUUUUGAGAUCAAGGAUCGGAUCUUUCCAGUUUUUUUUUAAAGGUCAAGUUAGUUGCUGGCAUUGCCAGAUGAAUAUUCUGAUAAAUUUCUCUGUAUCCUAUCAUUCUAUUUUCCUGAUUUAAACUACCUUCCUGCUAUAUUUUCUUCCAGGAAAAGUAGUACAGAUUUCUGUAUGCUUUUUUCCCCUCUAGGCAAACAGCAGAUGGAUGAAUGAUUAUUAAAUUGAGCGUGGGGAAUUUAUUCUUUAUCCAAUGUCUUCUGCAUCCUUUGCUUGUACCUAAUUAAAAAUACCAGUGAUGUCAGGAUGGGUUUCCCAAUGACACAUUUUACUUGGUUCUUAUAUUCCUGUUGUUCUAAUUAGGAUUCAUUGUUUUGAGUUGCCAAUAUCACAGUUAUGUUAAUAUUUUACUGUAAUGCAAAAGGCUGCCAACAAAGUUGCGUAGGUAAGUACUAGUAAAUAUUCAUGGUACAUUUCAUUUUUAAGCUAAAAAUAAAAACGUAAUUGAUCAACUAUUCAUUGAUCUAGUUAUAGAGUAAAAUUUAAAUUAACACCUUGCUACACUUUUAACACAGCUGUAUUUAAUGGACACUAUAAAUGGGCAUUUCUAAACAUAUUCCUGCAAACUUUUGCAAUACUUUUAUAAUGCUCAGUGUUCUAAAGUAUUAAGCAAAAUGCAUAAACUAAAUGAGCAUUCUUAAUAUUUUGAAAUUUUAAAAAGUUUAAACUAUUUUUUUGCUUGUUUUUCUUGUAGUGCAGUCUUUCAGUAAUUUUAUUAUAUUGCUUUGUAUUUCAUGUUUUCUACUAUCAUGGCUUCAAAAUUCAAACCUGUACCAAAAGUCCUAAAUGACUCUCUUAAACAUGCAAUGUAAUAACAUACUUCAAGUUUUUGGUGCUUAAAAAUUGCUCCUUCAUUUCCUUAAAUAAAAGAUAUUUAUUUGAAUA